GCGAUAUGUUGUAACUGCUACUUUGCCUGGACAAGCUUGUGCCACGAAAAUGGAGAUGCCAUUGUCGCUGGAGACCACCUCCAUAAGCACAAGGGAGGAGGUGGACGACCAUCUUGUCAAGGUGGUCUUUGUGGGAUCUGCGGGAGUGGGCAAGACGUGUCUUAUACGCCGCCUGUUCACUGACAAAUUUAGCCCGGACACGCAGUCAACCAUAGGCUGUGACUUCCAUUUCAAGCGGUACCGUUUCGACAAGAAGAGCGUGGGCGUCACCAUUUGGGACACGGCGGGGGCAGAGAAGUUCCAGGCGGUCACCUCCAACUACUACCGGGGCGCACAAGGGGUGGUGUUUGUGUAUGACGUGACGCGGCGCGACACCCUGGACGCCAUCGCCCGCCACUGGCUGCCCGAGGUGGAGCGGUACACCACCUACCCGGAUGCGGUCAAGAUGGUGGUGGGCAACAAGAUCGACAUGAUGGAGGAGCGGGCUGUGUCGCCGGAGGAGGGCGCGGCGUUCGCGCUGGAACACAACUGCAUGUACCACGAGACGUCGGCAAGGACGGACGCGGGUGUGUACGAGGCGCUGGUGUGGGGGCUGCUGGUCAACAUCGUGGACACGCCCUCGCUGCUGCGGGCCUACAACCACGAGCGGCUGGAGCUGGAGCGGCCGGCGGGGGGCGGGGCAGGAGGCGGGGGCGGCGGCGGGCAGUGCGGGAGGCAUCACGGCGGCUGCUGUGGGUAAGGGCCUGUGUGCUGGAGGGCGCGCAUGGGAGCAUGCCCUGCCUGCAAGGGUGCUUGCAACGGUGACGUGCAAUUCUGCAGACGCGCUUCGGAGCUGUUUCAUCGUUUCUGUUUGAUGUUGGAUGCGGGGCACGCAUACGGUAGGCCGCGAAAUGCUGCCACAGAAGUAACUUGCUGUUAUGUAGCAUGCAUGCCAUGGCAUUCAGAGCUGUACCAUAUGACUACGGACAGACAAGAAGUCAAGAAUUGGACACUCGGUAUGGUAGUGAGACGCGUUCAUAGUGAUGUCGUGGUUUCGUGGAACAUGGGGCAACAUUCGUGCGGUUUGCCGUGGCCCAGACCGCGGCCCAGACAGGGCGGCCACCUUUGACACCGCCCGCGAAAGGACAUUACAGCUUCGGUGCAUCACAGCGUUGGCGCGGGAUACUGGUGUAGGGAGGGGCUGUGCGGCCGGGAAACGGUAGUUGUGCAGGACACAGGGCCAACUUCAUGAAGGGGCAGACUGCUUUAUUCCAUGUUUGAGGCUUGGUGUCGAAUCAAGAGCACGGAUGCAGGGAGAUGUGCUAGUCAAGCGAGAGAGUAUACGCGGGCCCUAAGGAGAGCAUUGAGAACAUACCAACGGCGGUCGAGAUGAAGCGGCUGGGAGUGUAAGGGGGACUUGAGAAUUGGUGGCGGGUCGAGCUGAUUAGCCGGUGACACGCACCGUGCCCUCAUCUCCUCAUACGCUCUGCCCUGCAAGCUCACCCCUGCAGUAUCAACACUAUGUAACACAAUAUUUAC